ACUUGUAGGAAAACCUCUUUACAUUCAGAGGUCAUUGGCUUGGAAGGAGGAAGACUGACCAGAGGACAGGGGGAAAACAAUUCUCCUGCGGCUCCUCCUGACAUCUAUCACUUGCCUCCUGUCUCUCUUCCAAAGCCAGCUUAGCACUGUCAAGGUGGCUGCAGAACAUCUUGACAAGUUCCAGCAUCUGCUUAGCUGCCCUGUGCAUCUCAGGCUACCCCAUUGUCUGGUCACCAUCCCUGGCCAUUGGGACCACUUCUGAUGGCUGUGGCCUCCGCUGCCCCAGGGAGCAUCUUCUGUAAGCAGCUCCUUUUCUCUCUUCUGGUUCUGAUAUUAUUUUGUGAUGCUUGUCAGAAAAUUUCUCUUCAAGUUCCUUCUCAUCUUCAGGCCGAAAAACUUGUAGGCAAAGUGAAUCUGGAGGAGUGUCUCAAGUCGUCUAGCCAAAUCCUGUCCAGCGACCCUGCCUUUAGAAUUCUGGAAGAUGGCUCCAUCUACACAACACAUGACCUCCUUUUGUCUUCUGAAGGGAAGACGUUUUCCAUUUUACUCUCAGACAGUCAGAGGCAGGAACAAAAGGAGAUAGAAAUCGUGCUGUUGGCAAGAGAAGAAAAGGCAUCUAAGAAAAGACAUACCAAAGACAGAGUUCUCAAGCGCAGUAAGAGAAGAUGGGCUCCUAUUCCUUGUUCGCUGAUGGAGAACUCAUUAGGUCCAUUUCCCCAACAUGUUCAGCAGAUCCAAUCUGAUGCUGCCCAGAAUUACACCAUCUUUUACUCCAUAAGUGGACCAGGAGUGGACAAAGAGCCCUUCAAUUUAUUCUACAUAGAGAAAGACACUGGGGAUAUCUAUUGUACUCGGAGCAUUGACCGUGAGCAGUAUGAUCAGUUUUUGGUAUAUGGCUAUGCAACAACUGCAGAUGGCUAUGCACCAGAUUAUCCGCUCCCCUUGUUAUUCAAAGUUGAAGAUGAUAAUGAUAAUGCCCCAUAUUUUGAAACCAAAAUGACAGUUUUUAGCGUGCCUGAAAAUUGCCGAUCUGGAACUUCAGUGGGACAAGUGACUGCCAUAGACAAUGAUGAACCUGGAACCCUUCAUACUCGUCUGAAAUUCAAAAUUCUACAACAAAUCCCUGAUCAUCCAAAGCAUUUCUCCAUACAUCCAGAUACAGGUGUCAUCACUACAACUACACCUCUGCUGGAUAGAGAGAAAUGUGAUACUUACAAGUUAGUAAUGGAAGUGCGAGACAUGGGAGGUCAACCUUUUGGCUUAUUUAAUACAGGAACAAUUACUAUUUCCCUGGAGGAUGAAAAUGACAAUCCACCAUAUUUCACGGAAACUUCUUAUUUUACAGAAGUAGAAGAAAAUAGAAUCGACGUGGUGAUUUUACGGAUGAAAGUACAUGACCUAGAUUUGGCCAAUACGCCUCACUCAAAGGCUGUGUACACAAUCCUACAGGGAAACGAGAAUGGAAACUUCAAAAUUAGCACAGAUCCAAAUACAAAUGAAGGAAUCUUGUGUGUGGUCAAGCCAUUGAACUAUGAACUCAAUCGCCAAGUUGUUUUGCAAAUCGGUGUACUUAAUGAAGCAGAAUUCACUAAAGCAGCAAACUCGCAAACUCCUCCCUCAAUGUGUACUACAACUGUGACUGUUAAAAUCAAAGACAGUGAUGAGGGCCCUGAAUGCGAGCCACCAGUGAAAAUUAUUCAGAGUAAAGAUGGCCUUCCAGCUGGUAAGGAACUCCUUGGAUACAAAGCACUGGACCCAGAAACACGCAGUGGUGAAGGCUUAAGGUAUCAGAAGUUGGGAGAUGAAGAUAACUGGUUUGAAAUCAAUGAACACACUGGAGAUUUGAGGACUGUAAAAGUACUAGAUAGAGAAUCGAAAUUUGUAAAAAACAACCAGUACAAUGUUUCAGUGGUGGCAAGAGAUGCAGUUGGCCGAUCUUGCACUGGAACACUCGUAGUUCUUUUGGAAGAUUUUAAUGAUCAUCCACCAAAAAUUGAAAAAGAUGUGACAAUUUGUAAGCAUGAUAAAGAUUAUGCUCUUCUGGAACCUGAAGAUGACGAUGGGCCUGAUAAUGGUCCACCUUUUCAAUUCUUUCUGGAUAAUUCUACCAACAAACUUUGGACUAUAGAAUCAAAGAAUGGUAAACAAGGUGUUCUUCGUGCAAAGCAAAAUCUUGAUUACAACUAUUAUUCUGUGCCUAUCCAAAUACAAGACAGACAUGGUUUGUCUGCAAAACAUGUGUUGUCAGUGAGAAUAUGUGACUGCACAACUCCAUCUGACUGUAGAAUGGCUAUUAAAGAUGAGAGAGAUAUUAAACCAGGAAAUGUUAUACUUGGAAAAUGGGCUAUUCUUGCCAUGGUGUUGGGUUCUGCAUUAUUAUUGUGUAUUAUGUUUACAUGUUUCUGUGUUACUACCAAGAGGACAGUAAAGAAAUGUUUUCCAGAAGAUGUAGCACAGCAAAAUUUAAUUGUAUCCAAUACUGAAGGACCUGGAGAAGAAGUGACGGAAGCGAAUAUUAGGAUCCCCACACAGACAUCCAACAUUUGUGACACAAGCAUGUCAGUUGGUACUCUUGGUGGCCAGGGAAUCAAAACGCAGCAAAGUUUUGAGAUGGUCAAAGGAGGCUACACUUUGGAUUCCAACAAAGGCCAUCACACCUUGGAGUCCAGCAAGGGAGUAGGGCAGGGAGGUAUAGACACCGGCAGAUAUGCGUACACGGACUGGCAGAGUUUCACCCAACCUCGGCUUGGUGAAAAGGUGUACCUGUGCGGACAAGAUGAGGAACACAAACAUUCUGAAGAUUACGUUCGUUCUUACAAUUAUGAAGGCAAAGGCUCUAUGGCCGGCUCAGUAGGGUGCUGCAGCGAUCGGCAGGAAGAAGAAGGGCUGGAGUUUCUAGAUCACCUGGAACCCAAAUUUAGGACAUUGGCAAAGACAUGUGUACAGAAAUAA